GGGUGCUGCCGUCGCCGAACAACCGCGCCGCGGGGGCCGCCGCGGGCGCCUUCCUCCUGCAGCUCGUGAAGGAGACGGACUCGCCCCCGAAGGACGGGGCCGAGCUGGGCGCCAGUCUGCUGCAGCAGCUGCAAGGCAAGCCCGCCUUCAAGACGCCCGCCGGAACGCCUGAAGGCAAGAGCGCAGGCUCGCUACUGCUGGAGAGCAUCCAGGCUGGAAAGCAAGACGGAACGCCGACGCCGCCGAAGCAGGGGGUUAGCGACAACGGGGACGACUGCAUCCUGGAAGCCAAGAUGCACACCGAUGGGAAGAGAUACGUGAAGGCGGAUGGCGAGUGGCUGGUCGCCUCCGGGAAGUACUAUUGCAUCUUCUGCAAGGUGUUCGGCAACACGCUGGACGAGCACCUAGCGAGCGCCCACCACGCCAACAACAGGAUGAAGCUGCACGCCUCCACCGCGGCCAACGACGAGGCGAAGCAUGCGCCGAAGAAGUUGUGGCAUGCUCUCAGUGCAAAGGCCGAGGAGAGCGAGGGCAUCCGGCGACCCAGAGCCGCGAGGGAGCCCGCGGACGGCGAGAGGGCGAAGGAGAGGGCGACGGGGGGCCGCCCGCCGCGCUCUGUGCGCCGUGCGGCGAGGACUGACCGGCCACCUGCCACGAACCUGGCGGAGCGGUACCCAGACCCCGCGGAGGAGUGGCUGGCGUGGGUGCCGAUCAAAGAAGGCGACCGGGACGGCGAGCGCAGGUUGCGCUGCCUGCUCUGCAGCAAGUGGGCCUCCGGCGCGGAUCACUCCGGCGCCGGAGGCUCCCCAGAGCACCUCAGGAACGUCGCCAAGUACGUCCACACGCAGUCACAGUGGUACGCCGACGUGCUCUCCCAGAAGAGGCGGUGGAGCACGUCGCCACCACGGCCGGCGGGCUCCCCGGCGCCGGCGGCCGACCAGGACGGCUCCGCCGCCGCCGCGGCGGCGUGCUUCAUGCAGGCGCCGCUGGCGCCGACGUCAGCGCCGCUGGCUUCCCCGCCGGCCUCGCCGUGGCAGUCGGCAUGGUCCCUUGGAGGAACACCAGCGGAGCUACUACUGGAACGUGGCCACGGGCAUGGUGCAGUGGGACCCCCCGCCGCUGCUGCCCAGCAGCCGGUGAGCGGCGCGGCCCCGGGCCAGCUAGCGGCCGGAGCCGCCGAGCCCGUGGAUAAGAGGCGGGAGAGGUACAGCCACCGCUGA